AUGGAAGCCUGGGAUGUCAUCUCUCUGGCUGUCUAUGGGGCUACCAUCCUGCUAGGGCUGCCCUCCAAUGCCCUGGCCCUCUACGUCUUCUAUUGCCAAGCCAAGACGCGCCUGACCCCCAACCUCAUCUAUAUGAUUAAUCUCUGCCUCUCCGACUUGGUCUUCGUCCUCAUCUUGCCGCUGAAGAUGCUGGAGAUGGGGAAGGCGGAGUGGCCCAUGCCGAGCUUCCUGUGUCCUCUCUACAACCUCAUCCACUUCGGCACCAUCUACACCAGCGCCUGCUUUCUGACCGCUGUCGGCGUAGGCCGUUACCUGGCUGCUGUUUAUCCCAUCCACUAUCAGGUUUACAAGAAGGCUUGUUACUCGUGCCUGGUCUCGCUGGGCAUAUGGUUCCUGGUUGGAUCCCAUGGGCUUCUCAUCUUUGCCCUCGAGACCGCCCGAGACAUCAACUCCACCCUGUUUGCAGGCAACGACACCUCUUGCUUCAGUGAACUUAGUGAAGCCCAGGUGGCUUUGCUGGCCCCAGUGCGGCUGGAGCUGUCCGUGGUACUGUUCUUCCUGCCCUUGGCCAUCACCUCUUUCUGCUACGUUCGCUGCAUCCGUGUCUUGGUUGGGUCGCAUCUUAACAAAAGGAAGAAGCAGCGUGCGGUGAGGGUAGCGGUAGCCACUCUCACGGUCUUCAUUCUCUGUUUCGGCCCUUACAACAUAUCCCAUGUGGUGGGCUUCAUCCAAAGGGAAGACAUUUGGUGGCGCAAUGUGGCCGUGCUCCCCAGUGCAUGCAAUGCUUUUCUGGACCCUCUAAUCUUCUAUUUCCUCUCGUCUGCCAUGGAUGAUGGGAUCACUCAGGUGUGGCUUUCCUUGAGACAGAAAUACAGCUCCAUCAGACUGAAGAUCACCUUAGCCCAUGGCAAAGCAAGGAGUCAACAGCCGGCCUCUGGUGUUGCCUGA